ACUUUAAAUCAGUCGUUGGCUGAACGCUGGCAACAAGACAAGAUAAUCAGGUAAAAUUUCUCGCGGUUCACCUGUUUUCGUAUCGGAAACGCGUUUCGUGAUUAGGAAAAGUUCGCAAACAAGUUGGAAAAAGUGUUUUCAAGGAUCAAAUUUGUGAAUUUGUGAGUGAUUUUGUGUUGCCCGAGGACGAAACACGCACAGGAUGGAGUUGAUGGAGGUGAAAAGCAUAAUGCUGCUGCUGGUAACGGCGAUGGGAUUCUUUACUCAAGGAAUACUGUCUGCUCAAGUGGAUGUCGACAAAAGAGAACAAACAGUCCUAGUAGGGGAUCAAGUCUCCUACAUGUGUCGAGUGGCAGUUCCCCUACAGUACUGUCGCGUGGAAAUUCCCGGGCUGAGAUCCUACAACCUGAACCGAGGCAUUUCAAACGCCGAUGUGUCUUACUACGGCGAAGGUUUGGACGCUGGCCAAUGUGGCUUUACCGUCCAUCGAGCAAAGGACGAUAACAAUGGCGAGAUAAAAUGCACUUUGGGCAUCGCCAGUGAGGCUCAGGAAUCGGUUGGAACGAUGAGCUUAGUGGUGGCCAGAGCUCCGAAACUACCGGAAUUGGACCUGAGUCGAGGAGCUGAUGACUUGAACGUCUACAAAGUGGAUGAUGUUCUGCGAGCCACCUGUGUGAUCCGAGACGGAAGACCUGUUGCUAAUAUCAGUUGGUAUUUAGGGGAUGAACUCAUUGACGUUGGCGAGCUCAGCAUGCCCACCGUUGUGGACUUGGCAAAGGAAAAUCUCCAAUCAAAGGUGCAAAACCUUACACGAAGGUUACGAGCAUCGGAUAAUGCAAAGUUUCUCAAAUGCGUUGGAUAUCAUCCAGCUUACGCUGGAGGCCAGGCGGAAACCAAGCGACGAUUGGACAUUAAAUAUCCGCCGUUGCCUCAACGCCAGCCAAUCGAAGAGUUCGGAUAUGAAAUUGGCAAGACUGGAGUGAUAAAUGUAACUAUCCAGGCCAACCCGAAACCAACCAUCGAAUGGACAGUAAACGGCCAGAAAAUUCGGGAAGGCAGUCACGAUAAUACGGGAAUUAUGGAGGCUGAAUAUGCUCAGGAUUUGGGUAACGGCAUGUUUAUUGCAAGUUUGCGAAUAGCCAGAAUUAGCAAGCAGGACACCGAAAAAGACUACAUUUUAACAGCGUAUAAUGACCAAGGAAGCGAAGACUACCGAGUGAAAAUUUCCACAAAUCCUGAACCCAAAGGUUACGAAAUUGGUGUGGCCGCUAUAGUUGGAAUCGUUGUAGCCAUCAUGUUCGUCAUUCUAAUCGUUUCCAUUCUGAUUUUCGCCAAACUCAAUGGAAGAUGGUGUUUUAGCGGUGGUGCCACCGUAAUUGAUUAUACAGGGGGCGAUAACCAGCACCACCACAGCGACCUAACAUCUGAUGGCGUCGAUAAUCCUCAACAUCAAGUAUCCACGGAGUAUAUCAAUGGGAACGACCUAAUUAAAAAAGACGACAAAAUUAACACGGCAGUAUAAACAGCCAGUUCUGCUAGUAAUGAUUCGCUGUGGUGAUCGAUUUCAUUCAUUUGGGUUGUGAUGAUGGCGAGGCGUGGUGUUCGUCGAUAGGGAGGCUUGUAAAUUAGUGUUUAGCUGAUAAGGAAUCAGUUGUCAAUGUAACAAAUAUUUCUAGACUAAGAUACUAUCCAUAAUUCCUGCUAAUCUGUCGAUGUGAUUUUUCAAUGGCAAUUCGAUUCGCUAAAAUGGAACAAUUCAACUAUGCAUAAUAUGAGACUGAAUUAUAAAGUUCUCAAAGCAUUUUCGCAAUGAAAGGGUGAAGUCGAAUAGCUCUGGAUAUUUCAUUUGUUGCGCUAAAAUAAUACCGGUUAAAAUGUAGCUGUUUUAGUCCGUCCACUUAGCAAACGCUACUGGCUGAAAUAACAUUCGACAAACUGCAAGCAAAUUCAUUUAAAUCGCUCUUUCAUUCCAUUGGGCCAGUUCCUGUUAAAUGACUCAUAUAAGGGAACCGAUCUGACAUAAUUUUCUCAAAGAGGCGAUGAAAACAUUCACAAGGAAUAAUUUGGUUGCCCCCUGCAUGACAGAAAUGUUUCUUCAUAGAGAACUAAUGCUAUGCGAAUUUGAUUCAGAACGGCGCUCUACUGGAACGUGAUCCAUUUAAUCCAACUUAUUCCAGUUGGAGGAGCGGGUUUAUUAAUCUCGGUCCAUUUUCCCUGUCUGCACAAUGAAAACUCCCAAAUUAGCCAAACCUUUACACUUCAUUUGCGGAAACCUGCUAGAAAAUCAAAUGGAUCACAUUCCCGUGCUGCUACUUACACUCCCAUAUUAUCAGCAUCUUCAGUUUAUUGCAAAAACUACCGAAUUCUCCUAUGAGAUGAGUGUCCAUUGCGUGACCAAAGUAUGGUUUCUACCCACUGUCAUCAAACUAGCAUAUUUACCAUCAAAGAAUUUAGUAAAUUAAAUCAUUAUGAACAAUUAUACCAACUUGAACAUCUCCCCAUCGAGUUGGUGUCGUUGCAAUUCGAGAAAAGAAAUGACUGCUACGCGACUAGAUUUAAACCUUAGUGAUUUUUCAAUUAUUAAAUAUUAAUAUGUUGUCUAUUAGAUAUAUUUAAUGUAAAUACAACAAUUAUAUAUUUAAAAGUUAUUUUCAUCAAAACCUAAAAAAAAUCAACGGCACGGUUUGUUAAAAUAAAAUAUUUAAGCGUCUUACUCAUAAAUGUCUGUGUGUCCAUUAUAUUUAAAACUUUUCUCGAAUUAUACAGGGUGUAUUGCACUAGUGACCUAGAUUAGAUAAAUCUGGCAAUUCAUUUUUUUCCGUUCGAUUCAACUGCUGAAUUGUACAAUAUUCACUCGCUUGCACCCUGACUACUCAAACCACCAGAACUCUAUUGUAUAGUUAAACAUUUAUUUUGUAAAAUAAGUCAAAAACCGAUGUUCUUCAUAACGAAUAGGCAUUGAAUUCUCAAUUGUGUACUUCAGUUUUCGUAGUUAGAGACAGAACGAAAACAUUCCCCGAGUUGUUUUGGCUUUCUGAAAAUUCCGCAGGCAAAAAGUUUAUCGAGCAAUGUAUUGUUACUUCGGCUAAUACAUGGACCAACAAUUACGUUAAAUUUUAAGAACGUUUUUGAUUUUUUCGUUUGCAAACUGCACCAUAAAUUUAGUGAAAAUUGCUGCCAUAACAACUAAAAGAAAUCAUUAAAACUUCUGCGAACUUACCGAACUGUUGUACCAAAUUAGUAAUGAAUUUACCGAAAAGUUGAUAUUUGACAAACAUUCUACAGUAGUCUACGUUUAGUUAAUGUAAAGUAUAAGACAAUAAUUAUUUUUUCUCUACUCUACUCUAAGAUAUUACUAUGUGUUAGUCUGUAUACAUACAUAGUCAUAGUAGUUCAAAAAAAGUCGUAUUUAAUUUCCCCUUAUCUACGUUCUAGUUGUAUUAUUUAUAUAAAUUCUAAGUUUUUAUACUGCCAACUUCUUGACUUGCAUCUCUAGUAGUUUUUAAGAUAGUAUUUCCUAAGCGAAUUUCUUUAUUUCGUAUAUUGAAGUGUGUUUUAACUGCUCCCAAUUACGUCUUAAAGAUUUGUGGACUGAAAUGUAGCUAAUUUAAAACAACUCGUAUAUUUUAAUUAUUUCUAAAGCGUUUCUCUAUGUUUAUCAGCACAUACUGUAUACUUUUGUAAACCUUAUGUACUUAUGAUACAAUAUAAUUAGAAUUAGUUAAAUAUAUUUUUAUUUGUUUUAUAAAUAAAGACAAACUAUUGAAAUCGA